ACAUCAACUAUUUGCUAAUAUUAAAAUAAUAAAAAUAAAUAUUUACAUCUUUUUUAUCAAAAAGAAGAAAUUAUAAAUUAAUAUAUUCAUAAGUUAUCAAUCAUCAUUUAAAAUGCCGGCAAUUGAAAAAGUUUCGACGGAAAAGCAUGAAGGUGAUGCUGUUUGUGUGGCUUUCUUUAAUAAUCAAGUAUUUUCUGGUGGUGCUGAUGGUAAAAUUAAAAUUUGGGAUAGUGAUUUGAAUCUAAUUAAAUCGGUCGAUGCUCAUGAAUCCUAUAUUUAUGCCAUGGCCAUUAAUAGCAAAGGUAAAUUGUAUUCGAGUUGCUGUGAUGGUAGUGUCAAAUUUUUGCAGCCACCCUACGACAAGGUUGAAGAUCUAUUUCGCUGUGACGAUGCUAUACAGGCCAUGUACUGUGAGGGCGAUGUAUUGUACACUGGUGAUGACAAGGGUGUCGUAUGUAAUUGGGAAAAUGACAAAAUGCUUUUCAAGUACAACUUGGUAGAGGAGGUGAAGGGAUUGUCGGCUGAACAAGAAUGGAUAUACACAGUGCGUGAUUUGGAUGUGGUAGUAUCGCAGGUGGUAUCGGGCAAAUCUGGCAAAUAUAGUACAAAAGCUGUAAUACAAGGUAAAUCGCCAUUAUGUUUAUUGGGACCCAUGAACGAGGGCCGUCACAAGUAUGUGGCAUUUGCCGAUCGUACCGGCAAAGGUAUGACCUUAAUUCACAACACUCCCAAUGAGCAAUUCAAUGUUAUAUGGGAUACUGCUGACUGCCAUGAAAUGAUUAUAAAUGGCAUGUGUGGCGAUGAGAAAUAUCUGUACACUGGCGGUUAUGACAGCAAGGUUAAAGGCUGGUCUGAGCUGGACCAAAAGAAACCAAAAGCCUUGGGCGAAGUUGACGUUGGCUGUUGUGUUAAUUGUUUAUGUAAUGGAGCCAAUAAUACAGUUUAUAUAGCUUCCAGUGAUGGUGUAAUACGACGUGCUAAAUUUAUUUAAAUUAAAUGUUAAAUGCCUUAAGUAGAUUUAAGAUUAUUGAA